GCGAACGAUUGAACAGGUUGUUUGGUGCUGGUUCACAGGGGUCAAUCGAGGGCGGGGAGCAAGGAUAUCCGCUCCUCGAAAGCUCACAAAACUAUCAACUCUUCAAACCAAACCAACUAGAAAACAACGAAACUACCAAAACAAACAAUCAAAAUGGGUAUCCGUGAUCGCAUGCAAGCACGCCAAGAACGCCGCCAAGAAGAACGCCGUGAAGAAGAGGAGGAAGAUGAUGGCCCCAAGACAUACGCAAUGCGUGAGAAGCUGCUUCUUGACAUUGGUGAUGACUUCAACAUUAACCAAAUGCAUCGCCGCCGUGGUAUGGGUGAGGCUGCUUUCAUUGCCAACAACAAGGUGUUGCGCCUACGUGAAACCUUCAACCUUCAGACCCCUGACAGAGAAACUUUGUAUCAGAUUCAGGAACGCAAGAUGAGAGCCCGUGAUGCCAUGGCCAUUGAAGAUUCAGAUGGCCACAAGGUUGCCGAGAUCAAGAAGAAGGUCAUUGGUCUUGUCCGUGACAACUUUGUUGUCAAGGUUCGAGGCGACACUAACUGGGUCAUCCACGGAUCUAUCCUUGAACAUGACUUUACCAUCCUGGAGGAUGGUGAGGAAAUUGUGAGUGUUCACAAGAACUGGAUUUCCCCAGUCCGUGACUGUUACUUCAUUGAUAUCAAUGAAGGAGUUGAUGAAGGUUUGGCUUUGUGCGUUUGCAUUGCCCUUGAAAGCAUGACCGAGGAAUAAUUGUGGAAGGUGCAGCGAGGAGUUUCAUCAUGUGGCAAACCUUCACUAUGUAGAGCAGCAGAGCUAACAAACUAUUUAGGAUUGGGCCAGGUGAAGAAGCUUUUAGUUUGACAUUCAACGAGACUUCUAGA